AUGAAGAUGGUUCCGGCGAAGAUCAGUCGAGCCAUCCGGCGCGCCCUCCGCUAUUCCGCGGACGCGAUGAAAGUCGCGGAAGAGAAGAAGGACAACGCCACGAACGCAUCCGCGGCUGCUGCGGACAAGGCUUCAGAGGCCGAAAGGCAGAAGGGGGCCGCGGAGAAGAUGCUCAAGGAGCUCGAGGAGGGGAAGGACCGGUUGGAGAAGAUGCGGGUCGAGGCCGCCAAGGCUGCCGAGAACGACAAGCAGGAGCAAGCGGCUUGGCGGGCUGCCGAGAAGGAUUUGGAGCAGAAGGUGAAGGCAGUCCAGGAUGAGGAAGAGGAGAUUCAGAAGAUCCAAGCCGAGAUGCGCAAACUCGCCGACCGGUUGAUGGACCACAAGAACGCCAAGGCCGAGAAGGAGCUGGACAAAAACGAGCAGGAGUUCGUCGUGCAGAAGGCCGCUGCCGACGCCGCGGCAUCUGGCGGUAUCAAGCGUGCUGCCAUGGAGGCGCAGCAGAAGGCCGCCGCCGCCUACGAGGAUGCAGAGAAGCACUGCCGCGAGCAAGAAACGCGAGCCGAAGAAGCCGACAAGCAGUCGAAGGAAGCUCAGGCCGAUGCUGAGUUUGCCAAGCACCUGCAAGACGAAGCGGAGACGGAUCUGCAGAACAAGCUGGCAACGAGCGAACUGGUCAAGGAGCUGCGAACGUCAGUGCAGGCCUACUACGACGAGGUGGAUGCUAUGACCAAGUCCAUGGAGGCGCGCAUCGCAGAGAACGCGGCCAACGGCAGCCCCAAGCAGGCCCACGAGCUGAUGACCGAGGAUGAACACGUGAAGCAGAGUAUGAUUAUCUACAACAAGAUGGUUUUGGUCUUCAGCCGCCUCUUCCAUGAGGAGAAGGAGUUCUUCGAAAUGGUCAACGAGAGCAACAAAGAGAUCAGCGAGAACGCGCAGGCCGCCAUCCUCUUGCAGUGCGAUCCCACAGAGGACUUGGAGAUGGCGGCGAGGGAGAGUGGCAACCUGGAAGAACUGGACGCGAAAUGUGGCACUGGCCUCUGGGACAAGCUGGACCUCGAGAGGCAGCAGUUUCCGACCGACAAGGGCGAGGCCGGCACAGUGGAACCGGUGACGUCAAACUCAAAGCCUCUUGAGCCGGACAGCGGUGAGGCCAGCAACGAGGCAACGUCCCUGAGACAAGACGACCAGCAAAACCCGGCUAUGCUGCAGGUCCGUGAUCUCGACGUUGCGCGCCAGAUCCGCCGCCACGGCUUCCCGAUGUGA